UGAAAAAAAUCAAGUCUCGAUUUUGAGGUGUGAAUUACUCUGCGAAACCACGGAAGAACCUCUCCUUCUUCUUUAUCUAAAACUCCCACCGAAGCCCAUUUCUUGCAUAGUUUCGCACAAGAAAUCCACAGAAAAUGAGGACCCAGAUGCUUUAAAGAGACUGAACGGCAGUAAAAUUCUCAGUGAACAGUCCCCCAAGAGACCUCCAUGUGAGGAGAGACUCUUAGCCUUUGUCUUACUUCAAAAGAAACAGUGAGAAUUUUUACUUAUGGAGGCUGGACUCAAUUUGCUCUCUUCUUCAUCGCUAUUCAUUUCGAGAUGCCACCCGAGAAGCUUCCUUCAUCCUUCUUGUUCUUCCUCUUCCUCCUCUUCUUCAGUUUCUAUGUUUCAUGAGCAAGCGAUUCCUGCUCGAUACUUUUCAACUUCAUUUCUUUCACAAGAACAGCACCAUGAGUGUAGACCUCAAUCACAAAUACUUAAGGAUGAUAGAACAUCCCAGACGACUCUAGAUAGGAGGCUGAUCGAGAGGAGUGUUUCAAUUGAUGAAGGCAACCGAAGUGACCACGAUCAUCUGAUCUGGGAAUUUAAGCAUCAAGCGGUUGAGUGGCCUGGUUUAUUAUCAUCAUGGCCAUCCUUACAAAUGGAGGAAUACAAGAUCUCAUCUGUCGAAAAACAAUCCUAUAACGCUGGUGGGGAGAUGCUUGUUAAAGAUGAACCAGAGAAUGUCAUUGCCCUUGCAAAGAAAGCUUUGUCAGCUUCAAAACAAGCAGCAUCAUUAGUUGACGAGUCUGAAUUAGUUGGUACCAAUCUGGACUAUACUUCUCCUGAUGAUUCUCUAAGCAAGGAGGGGAGAACUGUAAGGUCAACCAGACUGCAAGAUAGACGAUCCAAGAAAAGAAAGGUGCCAAAACAUGUAACAACUAUUCAUGAGACUUCUAAUUCAAAGGGGAAAGAUUCACGGAGAAAAACAAUUGAAAAUUUUGAUCCCAAUGAUCCUCUACGACUGUUCUUAUGGGGUCCUGAAACAAAGAAGCUUUUAACAGUUGAAGAAGAGUCCGAGUUGAUAGUCCAAAUCCAGGAUUUAAUGAUACUGGACAACGUGAAAGCUAGACUUCAAUCUCAGUUUGGCCGUGAACCAACUUUGGUUGAAUGGGCUGAAGCUCUAGGGCUCACCUGUCAACGCUUACAAUCACAGCUUCAGUCCUUUCGGAUCAGUCGUGAAAAGCUGAUCAAUGCAAAUUUGCGAAUGGUGGUUCACAUUGCUAAACAAUAUCAGGGUCGUGGUCUCAGCCUUCAAGACUUACUGCAGGAAGGAAGCUUGGGACUUAUGAAGAGCGUAGAAAAAUUCAAACCACAAGCUGGUUGCCGCUUUGCCACUUAUGCUUAUUGGUGGAUUAGGCAAUCUAUUAGGAAGGCAAUAUUCGAACACUCUAGAACAAUUCGUUUGCCGGAAAAUGUAUAUGGCCUCCUCGGAAAGGUAACAGAGGCAAAAAAUUAUUUUGUUCGAGCAGGGAAUUAUAAACCAUCUAAAGAAGAGUUAGCUGCACGUGUUGGAAUUACAGUUGAGAGAUUGGAUAAGUUACUGUUUAUGUCGAGAAUCCCACGUUCAUUGCAGCAACCUGUAUGGACUGAUCAAGAUACCACUUUUCAGGAAAUAACUGCAGACUCUGAACUUGACACGCCGGAUGUCAGUGUGGAGAGGGAGCUUAUGCGAAGGCAUAUUCGGAAUCUCCUUAGCAUUCUCAGUCCGAAAGAGAGACGAAUAAUCAGACUACGUUUCGGUAUCGAAGAUGGUAAAGAGAAGACACUAUUGGAGAUUGGCAACAUGUUUGGUUUGUCCAAGGAGAGGGUACGGCAGCUUGAAAACCGAGCCUUAUACAAGCUUAAACGAUGCUCCAACAGUCAAGGACUAGGCGCAUAUGCCGAUUUACUGACUUGAGGCCAAUGCAUUUUGUUGUAUAUGCAUCAUUUUGGUCUGAACAUUUCAUCUUCCAUAUCAGAAGCUGUAGUUUUGGGAAGUUGGAAGGUCUCUUUCAAGAAUUCUGCAGGAUACAAACAACACUUUUUGUAAGUCCACCAGCUAUAUGUAUUUAUGUAUAUGAAGGUCAUUUGUAUUCUUUUUUAGGUGCAGUACAACCUGUUACUACUGCUCUUCAAGAUGUUUAGCAAUUGAUACUGAUGAUAUAUGCUGACAUCUUAAAGUGUAUCUUUUAAUUCAUUCAAGAGAUGAUAUUCAAUGAUAAAAGAAAAAACAAUACUUUUCUGAGAA